AUGCUGAGGGAUUCGGAUAUAGAUUCGUUGAGCCACCAUCUAUCAUCUUUAUCAACAGAGCAGCAGAAGCAACACGAAAAUCUCCAGAAUCUGUUGGGACAGUUCAAGAGCUUGCUAGAUGACUACAGCUCACUGAAAAGCGACUAUGAGGAGGUCAAAGAAGGUCGUGAGAAAUACAAAAGGCAAGCCCGAGGUCAGGAGCGCAACCCUUUUGUGCUUGUCCUUGUAGAUGGUGAUGGAUAUCUCUUCAAGGAGCACUUCUUGAAAAAUGGCAGCGAAGGAGGCAUCAGCGCAGCCCGUGAGCUAAGCGACUCCGUCAGGGAGCUUAUGCACUCCACAAUGGGGAUGCAAGCAGAGCAAUGUCAAAUCAUGGUUCGUGUCUAUGCAAACGUCCUUGGGCUAUCGAAAGUUCUAGCUCGAGCUGGCCAUGUGGGCCACGAGGCUCGAUCCUUGUCACCCUUUACUUCGUCUUUUACUCGUGCACAGGCGUUGUUUGAUUUUGUCGAUGCUGCGGAGAAGAAGGAGGGCAGUGAUUAUAAAAUCAGAGAAAUGUUCCGUCUAUUUGCGGAACUCAAUCAAUGCCGCCAUAUCUAUUUUGCUGGUUGUCACGACACUGGAUACGGCUCCCUACUGACUCCCUAUAGAGGCAGAAGUGACCGUAUCACCCUCAUCAAAGCCGCCGGUUUCCAUCGGGAAUUUGAAGCCCUGGACCUGCCUAUCAAGGAACUUCCUACUGUAUUCAUGAGCACCCCCCUACUUAACAGCAAGCCGCCCACCGGCCCAGCCGCUAGCAAGGUCAUCAACGGAAACCACGCCAACGGUCCGAAUGGCUCGAAUGGCAUGCACGGCACAAAUGGAAUACAUGGAAUUAAGGCAGUCUGCAAGCACUUCCAAAAGGGUAUCUGCAAGUUCGGCAAUAGUUGCAACAAGCAACACGUCAUGCCAAACCAGUCAUUGAAUCACACGCCCAAUCCACCGUCGUCUAAGUACUCAGGUGACUCACCUGAACACGACUCACCAAAACACUUGUGGGCCUCCCCUACAGUUGGCCGCACCGAGGAAUUCUUUAGAACCGCACUACCCCUGCCAAGCAUCAAAACCGAGGAAUUUAUCCCCGUCACUAAGGAUGGGCACCGGAUCGACCCAUACAUCCCUUCCCCGUCAGGAGAGGCCUUCGAUGAAUAUCACUCUCGGGCAAAAGAAGCCAAGGUCUGCAACAGCUACCAUCUGUCGGGAGAAUGUGGUGAUAUGAGCUGCCCGUAUGACCACAGCGAUGUGUCUAACACGAUCAUUGAGGUUCUGCGAUUUAUGCUCCUCCAGCACCCUUGCUCUCGAGCCGGCGCGUGCCGAUCCAUCAAAUGCUACAUGGGACAUUUAUGCCAGAAGCCCGGCUGCAAGGCCGUCAAGAGCUGGCAAUGCCGCUUCAACCAGGCUGCACACACUCUUGAUCUUAAAGUUGCCAGGUGGGAUGUGCCAUCCGACCAGAGUGAACUUGACCAAUGGUCCAUCAGCGGUGACUCUCCCCAGGCGCCUUCUCCAAGAUCUUUCUUCGCCUUUUAG